AUGCAAGAUGAGAUGGCCCCAUUCUUGUAUUCUCCAGUCGACACAGCGGAUGGCGAGAUCCGUCUUCUCACUCUGCACCCUGCCACGGACAAAGAGGCCCCUAUUGUCUGUGACCUCGAGCGCGUCAAGUUGCGUGAUAAUCCGCAGUUUGAGGCUAUAUCAUAUACUUGGGGAGAUGAGCACCCGUCCGUCCAGAUCGUCUUGAAUGAUGCCACAUUCAAGGUUCGAGAAAAUGCAGCGGCGGCACUGCGUCGCCUGCGACGGCGCAAGGGCUCUCGCCGCGUGUGGAUCGAUGCCGUCUGCAUCAACCAAGAGGAGGUUCCUGAGCGCGACCGGCAAAUCACGGUGAUGCAGCACAUCUUUGGGCAAGCCUCACAGGUCAUCAUAUGGCUAGGAGAGCCUACGGAGCAGGGGAUCCUCGGGAUAAGAUACCUGCAGGGGAAGCUCAUAAAUGUGAGCCUCCGCCAGCUAUGGCUUGAAGUGCACGGUGACAAUGUCAGGCCAUCCUAUACAACAAACAUGGCUACCGCGUUGGAUAGGCUGACGUACACGGAUGACCAACUGGUCGGCGAAAUCAGAGAACUCCUGGAUCGACCAUGGUGGAGGCGGACGUGGGUUGUGCAAGAAGCUGUCCUUGCCCAGAAACUUGUUGUCAUGUGUGGAGAGGAAUUAGUGAGUUGGGAUAUGAUAAAGAAGCUUAUUGAAGGGCGGCGCAUAAGUCGACCGAACUUCGAGGCUAUGGGAAUCGUGCUUGAUGAGACUACUUUCCCGGACGGAUUAUUUCGCUUCAUUUCGGAGUAUCGACAAAAGUGGCAUGAUUCCGCCUCGGGAAUUAAUCUCCUUGAGAUAUUAUAUCGAUGCAGAGCGCUUGAAUGCUCCGAGCCGCAAGAUAAGAUCUUUGGAUUUCUAGGAAUCGCGCCAUCUACCCAAGCGAUGGGUGUUGUUCCUGACAGCACAGCCUUCGUCUCUGAUGUGUACCGAGAGUUUGCGUACAAGUUCAUUCGAGGAAGCCAAUCGUUGGAUACUCUAAACUACGCUAGGGAUUGGCAAGGGGCACCAGGGAGACAUUCAAAAGCGCAGGUGUAUUCUCUGCUCGAGCAAUCGAAGUAUCAUGAUGUGAAGGCACAGAUCGACGACGGCCCAGGAAAGAAGCCGAGGCAGUCAUGGGCUAGACUCCCUGAUGGGUGGGAAAGAAUACCUGGGAAGGUUCCAAAAUUCCACAACUACAAGACAAAUGAGACGUUUCGAAAGAGUCCCUUGGCCGGAUCAUUAUCCCGGGCUGCAAUGAUCAUGGAACGGCGAGAGCUGCCGACAAAUUGGCAAAAGAAAUGGGACAAUUUGGGACGAGCCACAGUAUCAUACGGACUAGAAGGAGAGAAACCUGCUGCGAAACCAGAAGAGAAGAUAACAAAAUUACUGGCCGACUUAGCUCAGCUUCCCUCAUGGGUUCCUAACUGGUAUACUCCAACCGCCUGGGAUCCUGAACCCCUCUUGGACUUCACCUUCGGCCACCCUCUCUAUUGGGCAUCGGGUGAUGAGAUGCCGCAUGUUUCUGUGGGACAAUCGGCAUGCGUGUUAUCAUUGAGUGGAUUCGUCUUUGAUGAAAUCGAGUCUAUUGCGCCGGCGUGGCAUCCGAAAAGUGAAAUACCUGCUCUUUCCAGAAAAGGAAACGAAGUUUUGAUUGCGUGGGAAGAACAAGCUUUGCAACCGGUACAGGAUUGUCCGUACAAAGACUCUAGCCGCGAAGAAGCUCUGUGGCGCACAAUGAUUGCCGACUGGGCGGGUGCUCACGCCGCGCCAGAGAGUGAUAAGCAUUACAUUGAAGUGUGGUAUGAUCGGAAUGGUUGGGCGAGAGAGGUACCUGAUAUCACAAAUAUGGGGUUUUGGGAGGGAGCUAUGGAAGAAGUCACACUCACCCUCCACGAGCAGGACAUGCUGAAUGAAUUCGAAAGCUUGCGUCUCCGCGAUAACACUGAAUAUCCUUCGAACAAAUUUUCCAGCUAUCUCCGGAGUGACGAGGAAAAUUUAAUUGUAAAGCACUAUGGAGCCUAUGUGAAACGUAUCCAAAGGGCUUGUGCCCAUCGGGCGCUCUUUGUGACAAGGAAGGGAUAUAUUGGGUUGGCGCCAUGGAAUGUAAAAGAGGGUGAUGUGGUGGCAGUGUUGGAUGGCGGGAAAACACCAUAUAUUUUGCGAUCUGUUUCUGUGGACCAGUUCAAUUUGGUUGGGGAGUCUUUUGUGUACGGAAUCAUGGCUGGAGAAGCACUCCAACAUCGGGAAGUCCUAGAGAAGCCAGAAAGCCGGAUCCAAAUUGUAUGA